AUGGAGAGCAAACGGAUUCUUCACUUUGUCGGUAAAAGCAGUCACGGUAUGGCUUUUUUCCUUAUUCACCUGCUUUUGCAAAUGGGAUUCGUUUUCGGAUCUAAUUAUGGGUAUGUGGAAUGGUCGGAUAACGACAAAGAAGCUGAAAUACGAUCGAAGAACCCCAUUAUUUACAGCACUCAAAAUACUUAUUACCCAGGACCCGCAACGGAGCGCACCGUGGUGGCGCACAAAAUCGAAGAGGACCUGCCUAGGGUGGUGACAGCUUUCCUGCACACGGGAGACUCAUCGGCUCUUGAACAAGUCAACUGUUCUCGGAGGUAUGAGUUGAGUAGCCUCCGCGGUGGAACCAAUGUGGCCUCACACUAUUUUCUCCAUAGCGUGCUGGACACUAUGGCGCACGCGACCAACUUUCUGAACAUGAUUUUACAAGCUAACAGGUCGCGAGAGCACAGCCUUCGGAGGGAUAUUCACUGGUACCACGCUCUGGUUCGGAGUAUUCUCGAGGGGGACCCCAAAAUUCACAGGGCAGUGGUUGCAUUCCAUACUGAUGCUCCGACGCCGGAUCCUCACGUUUUCCUUCAAGCGACAAGAACUGAAGGGGAAGUGGUCCUCCAGGACCUUUCCAACUCCGCUCACCACCAUCUCAAGAGCAGGAGCCCGGAUUCUGAGUGGUUUAACGAGUUCAGGGACCGAAAGAAAACGCACAUGCAGAGAAGGGCGUCGAGCCGAGACCCCUGUAGCCACUCAAAAUGGCUACAUUCUCGACAAAAGUCAAAUCAAGUGGUCUGCGCCUUACCUGGAAUGCGAGCAUGGGAAUUUCGUACCACACUGGCUACUCACCUUGUCUGCAGGGUUCUAUGGGUUGAAGAUAAAUUCCGCGCCCGAGUUCAGGUGAGUAGCCUAGACUAGGGGACCUGGCUGUGACUCAUGACUGUUUGUUUGAAAGGAACACUAUUGGUUUAGAUUUGCCACGUUUAUCGAAUCAAACAUUUUAUUGUAGGCCUAAUCUCAGUUGUUCAGAUCCAGAAGGGACAGCGUUGCCGUCCUGGCAGUGCACUUCCCGCGCUUUGAAGCAGGCCAGGUGCAUGGAAAAGGCCCCAAAUAAAUCCUCUCGACACAAACAGUAGGAUAAAGCUGCUUCCCCAGAGCAAAGUUGUAUAGUGUACCGUACUGUAUUUUAAUCUACAUAAGUGACUUUCGACCCAUCCUCUAUUCGGAUGCAUAUGGUUAGUUUGCACAGAUUUAGCUGGCUAAACUCAACUCCAUUCUGAAGGAAGUUUCUGAUGAGCAGAGACCAGACCUUGUGGAAUUUAGCUCCGACUACAUCGAUUCGCCCAAGGUCAAUACUUUAUUAUGAAAUGCUUACCUUGUAGGCUACCUAUGUUAGUCCUCUGUAGUUGCGUGCCUUUCUUUUUUUUUUUGCUGAAAUCCAUACUUUUUCAAUAAACGUUAAUCAAAUAGGUACAACCACCGGCUAUUUGCUCAUUGACAUUGUACAUGCUCUAAGAUGGCAACUCAGUGCAAAUGCGCAUGGAGCCUACCAAUUCUCAACAAUGGAGGAAACAGUCGAUGGUUGUAUUUGAUUUAACUAUUUGAUUUAAAAAAAGACUGUCUAUGAUUAACCAACAAUGAUGUCCAUCAAAAACAACUCAUGUGUAUUGUAUUCACACUGUAGGCCUCUACACUUCCUUUUUGAGGAAUGUGUUUGCUGUAAAAAAUAAAAUAAAAUAAGACCCCUUGACUGCAUGGUUAAAAAAAGCUGUCUUUGCUGUGUUUUUGUGCAGCUGGUGUGUGUGUAAGUAGGUGGGUGCAUUAGAAAAUACAAAAAAAGAUGUCAUAUUUCAAGGCUCCAGUUCAAGUGUGUAUACAAAAAAUCUAUUUUGUCAUGAAUGAAUUAUAAAAGACCACUUUGAAUUUCAAGUGCACUUUACUCCCACUUAAAUUUGAGUGCUGUGUCUACACAAUAAUUCCAGCAUGUUAGUUUUGUCACCAAGCUUUAUUUGUUAAGGCAGGACUACACACUGUAAGAUGAUCUCGAAGCGGUUGCCUGAGCUGAUCGAAAAACAAUUCCCAAGCCCAUAUCAUUAAACCAGGGGGGGCUCUGUUAUGGAGUGCUGCAGGCACAGCAACGUUUAGUUCUAACCAAGCACCACAACUGACCACUAAUUCACCUCACCAACUCAGUGAUUGGCUACAUUUCCCAGGUAUUCCAUGUCCAGGGUUGCCCACACCUGCUCUGUGCCCUUGUUGAAACCUCUUAACCGAUCUGAAAGGUUUUGCUAGGUCUCUACAAUGGGGUAAGAUCUUCCAUGGUGCUUGAUCACACCUACCCAGUCAAGUUUAGAUCUGCGAUGGAAGGGGAUCAACAAAGGCCCAUCUGUAGGUCAUUUGGCAUUGGGCAGCAGCAGCCUGAAAAUACAAAGACCCCUGCUGUUGCAGACAGCUACUGUACGGUUCCGGCUUAGCAAAUAAUCACAGCUAUCAACCCUUUUUUUUCUACUUGCAUUUGGUAUUUGAUGUGUGUAUUUCUGUAAUUGCUGUAAUUCAGGGCUCAUCUGUAAAACAGACCUUGGUCUCUGUAUGACACCCUGAUAAAAAAAUCCCAAAUAAUCAAAUCCAGGUCAUGCACGGAGAUAGGCAUUAUCGACCUUGGAGCUGCUUUUGAAACAUUCGGAUUUCAAGUCCGAUAUACUUUAUUUUGUAAAGUUCACUUUGCUCUCUGACAGCCAUUGUAUGAGGACAUUGGUAUUAAGCCAUCAGUGAGAUUACCUUUAAUUGGCUGCAAAAUUAACUGCUUCUACCUUUUUUUUUUAAAGAGCUGGUUCCUGUUCAGAAUUUCAGAAUGUCCUGAGGGCGCAUUAAAACUCAUUUGACAUUCCCACAAAUGGAUGUGACAUAGUCGUCUAGUGAUUAGCAGCAGCAUGGCUUUUAGAAUAGGCCUGUGGAUUCAGGGUCACAACUACAGUCUAAGAGAAUCCCUCUGCACAGUCUCUCUCUCUUCCUUUUUUCUGAGAGUUUGUUGGCCAAAUCUCUCGAUGUACAUCCCAAGCAAUAUAUUCACCCCAAGGUUAAAAUAUACAAAGACAGACCUUUUUUUUUGUUUUUGUAAACCUAAUCAAAAUGUAAAUGAUUCCAGUGGGCUUUUGUGGAGGAUUUGCAGAAUGAGAGCAUUGGCUUUGAGCUUGACGUAAUGGUCCAAGUGUCCUCAGGCAUCUCCUUGCUUUCCUUCCAGCUGGAUACAGGUUAAUAGAAAAACAGCCAUUUUGUGGGAUAUUUGGUUUGAGGCCAUUAUCAUGAACUGUCUGUUAAGCCUAUAACAUAUUGGUAGAGAGAUCAUCUAGUAUAAUGGCUGUUUGGUAAUUGAUUUGGGAUUAGACUGGUUAUAUUUACAUUUUAGUCAUUUAGCAGACGCUCUUAUCCAGAGCGACUUACAGGAGCAAUUAGGGUUAAGUGCCUUGCUCAAGGGCACAUCAACAGAUUUUUCACCUAGUCGGCUCGGGGAAUAGAACCAGCGACCUUUCGGUUACUGGCACAACGCUCUUAACCACUAAGCUACCUGCCGCCCCAAUUACAAUGGUUAGGCUAUAUGUUAUGGCCGUAUUUUUUUGUUUUGAGCUGAGUGACUUCAAAAUAAAAGCCUUUCUCCUGCUUGGUGGUUACCCCAUGUUCUGGAUCCUCAAUUCUCACACUUUUGUCUACUUCCUCCUCCACACACACACACACACACACACACACACGUGCACAUAGAGAGAGCUUAUUUAUCUUAUCAACACUUUGUCUUUCACAGUUACAGAUUCUUCCUCUCCUCGUUCUCUAUAGAGGAUUUAGCUUAUCAACACUUUGUCUUUCACAGUUACACAGUCUUCCUCUCCCCUCUGUUCUCUAUAGAGGAUUUAGCUUAUCAACACUUUGUCUGUCACAGUUACACAUUCUUCCUCUCCCCUCUGUUCUCUAUAGAGGAUUUAGCUUAUCAACACUUUGUCUUUCACAGUUACACAUUCUUCCUCUCCGCUCUGUUCUCGAUAGAGGAUUUAGCUUAUCAACACUUUCUGUUGUAUUCUUGCGCCUGGGGAAAGAUGGCAUGAGCCUCAGCCUUUUCUCUUCAUUGGUGUUUGUUCCAGUUCCCAUCAGACACAUGGAGCUAAUGGGUGUUAGGGUCCUCUUGAGAACCUGCCCUGGGCCUGAUAUAUAUAUAUAUGUGUGUGAGAGAGAGAGAGAUAUGUGGGACGGUGUGAAAGUGGGAGAUGGUGUUUGAUCGCGUAAGAAAGACUGAAAGGUGUCCAGACACAGAGAUCAGGAGGAUUCAUGGCAAACUGAAAAAAGGUGCAGAAAGAAAGGUGGAGAAAAGGCAAUAGAAAGAAACAGACUGAAUAAAGACUGACCUGGGGCCUGUGGAUAGAGAACACCUGAUGUCAGCCAGGGACCUAGGCCUACAUGGUUCGAUCCCCGGGACCACCCAUACACAAAAAAUGUAUGCACGCAUGACUGUAAGUCGCUUUGGAUAAAAGUGUCUGCUAAAUGGCAUAUUAUUAUAAUUAUUAUACUGAUACAACAGUAGACUAGUGAUUUCAGCUUUGUUGGCUCAUCUAGCAUUCAGUUUUACUAUCGUUGCAUUCCUGGGUCCGUAUGCGUGAUCUAGGAUCCGCCUGUCCCAACUAUCCAGCUGUCUGAAUGCGAACUGUGGAUAUGUGAAGGUUCUUUGGAUGCAAGCCAUUGCAGUAGCCUAAUGAGCCAUUGCAGUAGCCUAAUGAGCCAUUGCAGUAGGCUAAUGAGCCAUUACAGUAGCCUAAUGAGCCAUUGCAGUAGCCUAAUGAGCCAUUGCAGUAGCCUAAUGAGCCAUUGCAGUAGCCUAAUGAGCCAUUGCAGUAGCCUAAUGAGCCAUUGCAGUAGCCUAAUGAGCCAUUGCAGUAGACUAAUGAGCCAUUGCAGUAGCCUAAUGAGCCAUUGCAGUAGCCUAAUGAGCCAUUGCAGUAGCCUAAUGCAGGGGUUCCCAAACGUUUUCCUGCAAUUCUACACAUUUUGUCAUGGGGGUGCAAAAAAAAUGUUGCAGUUUUAAAGCUCAUUUUCUUGCAAUUGUAUACAUUUUGCCAUGUCUAAUGUGUAUACUUGUGAAAUUUAAGUGACAAAAAUUACAACAAUAUCUAUGGGCUAAAAAAAUGAAAUAAAAAAACAUUAGCUGACAUGGGCUAGUUGAUCUGGACAUUUCUGACAAGUUAUAAAUAGCUCUCUAAGGUAUGCAAUGACUGACAUGAUGAGGAAAACUGAUGAUGCGCUACCCAAUUUAGAAAUGGCACCUUGUGCAUUCUACUAUUACAACUUUCAACAGUAAGUUGAAAGCUGGACUGAGUUCCUUUUUUUGGGAACCACUGGCCUAAUGAAUUAAUGCAGUAGCCUAAUGAAUCAAUGCAGUAGCCUAAUGAAUCAAUGCAGUAGCAUAAUGAACCAAUGCAGUAGCCUAAUGAAUCAACGCAGUAGCCUAAUGAACCAAUGCAGUAGCCUAAUGAAUUAAUGCAGUAGCCUAAUGAAUCAAUGCAGUAGCCUAAUGAAUCAAUGCAGUAGCCUAAUGAACCAAUGCAGUAGCCUAAUGAACCAAUGCAGUAGCCUAAUGAACCAAUGCAGUAGCCUAAUGAACCAAUGCAGUAGCCUAAUGAAUCAAUGCAGUAGCCUAAUGAACCAAUGCAGUAGCCUAAUGAACCAAUGCAGUAGCCUAAUGAACCAAUGCAGUACCCUAAUGAACCAAUGCAGUAGCCUAAUGAACCAAUGCAGUAGCCUAAUGAACCAAUGCAGUAGCCUAAUGAAUCAAUGCAGUAGCCUAAUGAACCAAUGCAGUAGCCUAAUGAACCAAUGCAGUAGCCUAAUGAACCAAUGCAGUAGCCUAAUGAACCAUGUGCCAGUAGAAAUGCUGCAUGUGUACACUGCAGUAUAGUCCCCCAGAGGUAAACAGAAUCAAGCAGGCAUUGGUCUAUUGAUUUACUGUCAGCGAUAAGCUAUUCAUGUUUUGGUUACAAUAAACAUGAUGUUCAGAGCUAGAUUCGACAUGGCUCGGCUGCUUCUCUCAUCAGGGCAUAUAAAAAAUAAAAUGAUCAUUCAACAUAACAUGAACAUAUUAACGUUAUACACAGGACAUUGUUUUUUUUGUUGCAAUUGACAUGAAAUUGGAAGAAAUACUCUCAUUGAGUGGCAUUUGAUGCUCAUACCAGUUUUUGCCUGGAAUAGUUUAUUUCCCUCAAGAAUAGUUCAUCUGUAGGCGUUCGACCAAAGUCGAGACCCUGUUAUGAUGAGGUCACAAUGGAUUGUAACCUCUAGCCUUCUAUCUACCACUAAAAGAGACGUCUGAGUUGAAGCUAACUGCUCUCUCUAACCUCUAACCUCUAACCUCUAACCUCUCUCCACACCCCCCACCAACCCUCUCUGUCUCUCUGUCUCUCCUAUUACAGGGGUGUGGUUCGAGUGGACGUCAACCUACAGGAUGUGGACAUUGACCAGUGCUCCAGCAGUGGCUGGUUUGCUGGGACUCACCGCUGUAACCUGACCAGCAUGGAUGUGAGUCGACUUCUCUGA